GUAAAGCGUUUGGUUAUUUGUAUUGUUUUGGUUAGUGCAAUUUGCCUUGUGUAGAAUCUAUUCCGAAUCAUUGGGUUUAGAUUAAGUUACAGCUCAACCCUAGGAGAGGUCAGAGGUCAUGGAAGAGCAGAGUGCUUCACCAGGGGCCAACACUGAUAAUGGCAGCCAAAAGAAUGGAGAGGAGAAGCCGCGCAGGACCAGCUGGACUAAAGGGAGGAAGAGGAAGAAGCCAAUGAAGGACAGUAACGCGCCCAAAGCCCCGUUAACAGGAUACGUGCGGUUUAUGAACGACCGGCGGGAGCAGCUGAGGGCAGAGAGACCAGACGUGCCCUUCCCAGAAAUCACCAGGAUGCUCGGCAAUGAGUGGAGCAAGCUGCCUCCUGAGGAAAAACAGCGCUAUUUGGAUGAGGCAGAGAAAGAUAAGGAGCGUUACAUGAGGGAGCUGGAGAAGUAUCAACAGACAGAAGCCUAUAAGCAUUUCAAAAGGAAGGUGCAGGAGAAACAGAAGGGGAAGAGACUUCGAGGAGAUGUGAGCCGGCAGGCUGCCAGGGAAGCUCUUCAUGAGAAUGAUGGAGGUCUGAAAGAUCGCUCGGUGUUUGAUAUUCCCAUCUUCACUGAGGAGUUUCUCAACCACAGUAAAGCACGUGAGGCGGAGCUGCGGCAGUUACGCAAGACCAACAUGGAAUACGAGGAGCGCAACGCAGCACUGCAGAAACACGUGGAGAGUAUGCGUAGCGCUGUGGAGCGCCUGGAGGGAGAUGUGCUGCAGGAGCGCACACGCAAUGGCCUGCUGCAACAGCACCUCGACCAAUUGCGCUCAGCACUCACACACAGCUUCUCGAGUGUGCCACUGCCUGGCAGUGGAGAGACAGCCAGUCUGGACUCCAUCGACUCCUACAUGAAGAAGCUCCACAAUAUCGUGAUGUCCAACCCUCAGGAGCACGAGCACCUCAUUAGUUUGGUGCGGGAUGUGGUGAACUGCCUCGACAGGUAAUUGAGGAGUCCUGAUCACUGUGCUGCCAAAUCCCUGAACUCCAUCCUGUUCAAGACACCCAUCCAUUCCCGAUCCAUUUUUUUAAGACACAAAAUUAUUCAAAGGAGGAUGAUUUAUUUAUUUUAUAGUGCCAUUUUUAUUUUUUUCUACAGCAAUUGGUAUUUAUUAAUGCCUGGGUGUUUUGUGAUCAGGAAGAAAGUACAUGGAAAAACAUUUUCAGUGAUCUUUAGGCCAUGUCACCAUGUUUAUUUAAUUUGAAUUUUUUUUAGAUUUUAGAUCUCAUUUCUUUGCAUUAAAAAAAAGAAAUAACACUUUUGUAUUGCAUUUACUCUGAUUUAAACUGUAGUGGGUAUAUUUGUGAUUUGCCACUCGUCUCUGUGCCAGCGUUGCAUAAGUGUAUAAAAGGCUCAAACGCUCCAUUGACUAAUAAAUUACAUUUGCAAUA